AUAAAAUUCGAUUCCCACCCAAACAAAAAGAAGAAAGGAACCACCGUGAGUCUCGUCUCUGUAAUCUGAAACUGCAAGAGAGCACUCAUGGGUGGUGGUAAAGCCAGUCCUCCUGGUAGUGUUGCAGGGGAUGAAGACUCCUCACUGGACCAGGACUCUUCCCAGCUUUCUUUUCCUCUUCUCAGGAGUGAAUUGAGCAUGGAGGAUGAAGAUGGUGCUGUGGAUAAAGAUAGUCGGAGUGGUUCGGUGUUUAGGGACUAUAGCAGACUGCGUGAUUGGGAGGCCAAAGAGAGGAUGAGGGAAACUGUUUAUAGGAAGAUUAUGCAGAGUGGUGAGUUAUCGUCGGUUCAAGGCAAACAUUUGAAAGAGGCCAAGGACAAAAUACUGAGCUACACCCCUGGGGCAUGGAUUGAGGCUACAGGUGGCAUGAAAAGGAGGGACUAUGAUGUGCCAAAGACGACAACACUAUUGUUGGUUGGUCCAAAGGGAUCCGGGAAGAGUAGUCUUAUAAACAGAAUAUCAAAGAUGCUUGAAGAUGACAAGUUUGCAUCAGAAAGAGCACAAGUCUCAUACAAUUUAUCUGUUGGAGAUGGAACCCUUUUCCUCCGGGAAUAUAUGAUGCCGAGAGAUUCAACUUCAUUUUGCAUCUAUGAUACUCGUAGUCUGUCAAGUGAUUUAGCAGAAAACAUAGGAAUGCUGAGACAUUGGAUGGUGGAUGGUGUUCGUCAUGGGGAGCUUGCUAUUAGGGAUUCAGACAGUCAAAGUUGGAGGACUGCCAUGAUACACGAAGCUCAUGAAAAGGAUCAUCUUUCUAGUGCGGUCAGGAAGGUUAACUUUGUCAUAUUUGUUGUUAAUGGCCUUUCAGUUCUGAAAUCACUGGAAAGUGAUGAAGAUGCUGAGAUUCAAUACUCUCAUCAGGGGAUUGCUUCCGUGUUCAACUGCCGAUUCCUGGCAUUUAAAGAUGAUAAACCUGCUGUUGUUAUUACUCAUGGUGAUCUACUUUCACAUGAUGAACGGGCUCGUGUUCGUGUUCAUUUGGGAGAACUAUUGGGUAUUCCACCCACAACUCAAAUAUUUGACAUCCCAGCAGAAAGCAGUGAUCCAGUAACUGACUCCACAACAAUUGACAUGUUGCGCUAUUCACUUGAGCAUGCAGAGAAAAAUUUUACUCAGAAGAAAAAGGUUUUUACUAUAUCACUGUUGCCAUGUAUGCUCCUGUUAAUGCUUCUUGGAACUGUCAUCAAUUUAUGGUGUAUGUAUCAUCAUGCACACAUUCAGCAGUUUCCUUCGACCCAAUCAGGUAUCGAGCACUGUCAGUGUCCCCAAGCACAUUUUCAACACUGUCAUUAUCCUCAUGCUUAUUUACAGCAUGACCAAGGCCCUUUUUCUGGAGAACAUAAUCAGAAAGAACAUUUGCGUGAAGAGCACAUUGAGCAAGACAAUUUGCCUGAAGAACACAUUCAGGAAGACCUUUUUCCCCAAGAACAGGUUCGACAAUACACUUUUCCACUAGAGCAGGUUCAGCAAGACGUGUAUCCCCAAGGACAGGUUCGGCAGGACUCUUUACCCCUAGAACAGGUUGAGCAGGACACUUUGCCCCAAGAGCAGGUUCAGCAAGUCUCUUUGCCCCAAGACCAUGUUCAGCAAGAUCUUUUGCUCCAACACCAUGAUCAGCAUGAUCCUUUGCCCCAAAUGCACAUUGUUCAGCAUGAUUGUAGCCCUUCAAGCGAAAUGCUUACUCAGCAUGGGCCUUCAACCUCGUUGACCUCUUCAACUUCCUUGCCCCUUACGGCUCAUUCACCUCCUUCAGUCCCUUCUGGUCAUAAGGACGGCGGCUCUUUGCCCCAGGAAAGUAUUCAGGACGGCGGCUCGAUGCCCCAAGAAAGUAUUCAGGAUGCCUCAGUGCCCUCUUCUCCCCAAGAACCUGGUCAUCAUGACACUCCACCCUCUAUUCCCCUGCAAACUCCUCUUCAUUAUGGUCCUUUGCCUCGAGUGCAAGCAGAACUUGAGAAAAUUAAAACCAAAGCUGAGAAAUUUAGGACAAAACUUGAUUGGAGUAAAAUCCGUCAUUUGUAUCUAGAUGAAGAUUCUAAGAUACAUGUUGAUUGGAAGAAGAUUCGAGGUUUGUAUCUAGAUGAAGAUUCCAAGAUGCGGAUAGAUUGGAAUAAGAUUCGAGGUUUGUAUCUUGAUGACUGAGACAUCACUGAUGGCUGCAUCCAGUUUGACUAGAGCGCCCAUGUUUGGUUGUUUUGCAUAUUGUAGCCCAGAAGCAAACUUGCUAGAUGAUAUGAUAUAUAUCAACUUUAGUCGUGCGCUGUUUAUCUUUUGAUAACCAAGUUGUAUACAUAUUCGCACUGCCUUCGUCUUACUGGGUUCUUGUUCCUUGUAUAUUUUGGUACAAAUAUAGCACUCGUGGCAAACACUGCCUGAUCUUAGUAAGUAAGUUUUUUGGUCCUUCAUAGCAGUUGUGGCGUUACAAUUUGACUAUAAUUUAAGAUGUAAUAGGAGAUUCUCUUUUUUAAACUUA